ACAAACUGCGGCAGUGACAGUAUAUCGAAGUUUCCGCGAAUGUCGCUCGAAAAUGUCUGAUCCUAAAUGAAUCGAGCGAGGGGAAAGGACUGUCGCGAAACACAUGAAAAAUCGACGGGAACCGUGUGAUUAAAACAAUGGUACUAACCCUCCAUUUGUCGUCUCCCUUUUUACGUAUCUGUUUAAAAAACUGGGAAUAUGUCACAUCGAGAAGGAGUAUUGGUAUGAAUCGACGUAUUCGAGAUUUACCACCGACUAUAUUGAAGGACAUCCUAAACGGUAAAAAUGACGGAAAGAUAAUCGAAUCGGCAUCAUUUACGGGAGAUGCUUCUUGUGGAUCUGAGAAGCAACGAACAGAUUUACAACCGGUAUGUCUACGUGAAGAACUCUUGUGCAAGGUGUCUGAUCCCGUAAGAGAUUGUUGUCAUAAAGUAUCCGUCAUCGGUGCUGGCAUGGUCGGUAUUGGCGUUGCUAGCGCGCUUCUAUAUCAGAAAAUCGCCUCGCAUGUUGCCAUCGUUGAUGCAUUUCCGAAAAAGUUGGAAGGAGAGGGGAUGGACUUUUCUCAUGCUUCACUUCUUAUAGGAGAUCCACAUAUCGAGUAUGAUACAGAUUUUUGCAUCACGAGCAAUUCCAGAGUGGUGGUCCUUUGUGCAGGAGUAAGACAGCAAGAACACGAAUCCCGUUUGGAUUUAACAAAACGCAAUGCUGACAUCUUCAAAACUAUAAUACCUCCUUUAUUAAGUUUUAGCCCUAAUGCGGUUUUCGUUAUCGCUAGUAAUCCAGUUGAUAUUCUUUCAUAUGUAACAUGGAAAGUAAGCGGUUUGCCCUACUAUCGUAUUAUCGGUAGUGGAACUUAUAUAGAUACCUGCAGAUUUCGAUACUUAAUCUCAGAUCGUUUAGGUAUCGCUCCAAGUUCUGUUAAUGGUAUAAUAAUAGGCGAGCACGGAGAUUCUCAAGUUCCACUUUGGUCUGGAGUGAACGUCGCAGGAGUGCAAUUUCGCGAUAUCAUACCGAAUAUUGGUUUGGAAACUGACGAAGAAAAAUGGUACGAAAUUUCCAGGGAGGUAGUUAGAUUAGGUUCCGUGGUCAGAUGUUUGAAAGGAUAUACGAAUGUCGCGAUAGGACUUUGCGUGGCUGACAUCGUAAAUGCAAUAUUGGGGAAUACACAACGCGUAUUGAACGUAUCGACUAUGAUACAAGGACAUUUCGAUGUAUGUAACGAAUUAUUUCUAUCAUUACCUUGCGCGAUUGGUGAAAACGGCAUCACAAAGAUAGUGAGACUACGUAUGACUGAAUUCGAGAAGAAGUCAUUUCAAACAUCUGCGAGUAUUGUGUACAAUGUUCAAAAGGAUAUGAAGAUUUAGUUGACUCCAUAUUGAUCGUAUAAGAACUACAUUCCAUAUUUUGUGCCACGUUUAACUUAACGUGUAAAAAGUAUUACUGUCGCUUUCAAUAAAUCAUGUGUCGUCUUUUGAUCCUUUUA